UCGCAGUGUGACAUCCUCCCAAGUCCCAAUUCAUGCCCCUCCCUCUUCCAUGGCCUCCGCCUCUUCCCCAUGCCAUCGCCUCCUUCCGCCGUCCUCCUCCCCUUCCCUCGACCCCUGCUCCGCCGUAGCAUCCGCCUCCCACCCUCCCGAUCUCCCCUUCUCCAUGACUGACGAUCAACCUGCCUCGCCGCCCUCCGCCGCUGACGGAUCCUCCCCCCCAGUGGACGACCCUCGCCCCUCUCCGCCACCGGCCGAACUCUCGCUCCGAAAAACACGCUUUCCCCGCGCCUGCACCUCCCGAUCCCACUCCGUCGCCGCCGCUGCCCGACCCCCGCAGCCAGAGCGCCGCCCUGUGACCCGCCGGGAAAAGGAGGAGCAGCAGCAAACCGGUAGAGUGAUCACCCCGCUCCUCGAGCCUCCGCUUCCGCCUCAACUUCCCCGCUGGGAGCUCCGUUCCAUGUGGGAGCUUGCCUCAAUCUUCAACUUCCUUCAUAUUUUCAGACCGCUGCUGAACAUUGCCGCAGAGUUCUCAGCUGAAGAGCUCGAGACGGCGCUUUUGACGGCGAGCAGCACGCUGGAUGACGUGCACAUGCCUUUGCUAAAGGCUAUCCCUCCGGUAACUCGCAUGGCUCUAGGACGCACAACUUGGGUUACUGUGCUUUGCAGAAAAUUAAGAGAUUGGUGGCACUGGGUUGCUGAGGGUGAGAUCCCAAUUGUUGCAUCCCAUGGGACGGAAAUUGAGAAAUAUAGAACACUUCAACCCGGGACAAGAGUGUUGAUUUUAAAAGCACUCUGUGAUAUCCGUGUUGAGCAAGAGGACAUUCGGAAUUUCAUUGAUAGUUCUUUGAAACAUGGCAUCCAACUCUCAGCUUUCCGUAAAGAAAGAAUUGGUGGUGAUUCACAUGGGAUUUCCUAUUGGUAUGAAGAUGAUCCUAUUGUUGGUCACAGAUUAUACCGUGAAAUAAGACGAGUUGAGACAAAAAACACCAGGGCAAAGGGAUCUUCAUCAAUCUCCCUUGUUUCUUUGCAGUGGGAAACUGUUGCGACCAACUUAGAUGAAUUUCAAGAAGUAUCUGAUAAACUCUUUUCCAGUAAGAAUAGAACAGAAGUCUCUCUUGGGAAGAAAUUAAAAAUUGACUCCCUGCCAGAGAUUGAGAGAAUUCACAAAAAAAAGGAGAAGCUGUUGAAAAAGCAGCAAAGAGAAGCCAUCCUCCUUGAUAGCUUUUUUACAGCAGAUGGGAUUUCAUCAGGCCGUUCCCUUCGUGAUAGAAAACCUGUCACAUAUACAUUUGAUGACUAUGAUCGCUCUAUUAGUGAAGCUAUUAAAAUAACCAAGAGAAGACAAAGCUCUCCUGACACUAUUGUUAAAAAACCAGUUACUGAGAAGCCUGAGAUAACAGCAAAUGGUAAAUGGAAUGGUUCUUCUCAAAUAGAACCAACUAAUGAUGAUGACAUGGAGUCUCCAAAGUCAAAUGACUAUGAAGAAACCGAUGAUGACCUGCAAGAUGAGACACUUGAUCGCAGCAAUAGGAGAAGGAAAAGACCACAGAGGUAUUCAGAAAAGGAUUUUGUGGAUACUGUUUCAGAUUUUGAUGCAGAUAUGGACAGUGACGACGACAUAGUAGGAGAAGCAGUAUAUGAUGAGGAAUAUUUGAGAAGUAGAAAACAGCGAAAGGUAUCUAGUGGUUCGGAAGGUGAUGAGGAGUAUCGAUGGGAGGAGGAAAAUGCAGAAGAUGAGGAAGAAGAGGAAUAUUCUUUAAGUACUAGUGAAGAUAUGGAUGGGGAACAAUGUAAAAAAAGUUUUCCAAGUCGAACUAGGCAAGACAAAAAAUUGAGGUCAGUUGAACUCCAGACAGGCCUAAGACGCAGUAAGCGAGCAGUGCGAUCACGCAUAAAUUACCGACAGUAUGAACUUUCUGACACAGAUACAGGUUCAGGGCAGCCAAGCAAAUCAAACAGAACCGAUGCAAAUUCCAAUGCAUCUGGUGAUCUAGAACUUUCAACAGCAAGUCAAGAUUCGCACGAAGUCGAAAGUGAAGAAAUAGCAAAUAACAAAAUAACUUCAGAUCAUAUUGAGGCUGGAGAUGAAGAGAAACAAGCAAUAGAAAAGAUGUACAAUAAUGUACAGGAGGAGAACGGUGUCCAAAGAAUGAGAUUCCUGGACCUGAAUGAACUUGCCCCAGGAACAGGUCUUGAUGAUGGCCCUACAACCAAAGAUGAAGAUGAGCAUAACUUCUAGGCAUUAUGCUAAUGAACAGGUAAAGGUUGGUAGCCGGGAUAGUUUAUUAGCUAUCUCAUUCAGCUCCUAAUUUGGGACUGGAAAUCAAGACAUGUAGAUGGGAUGCUCAGACUCAUGGAUGCCUGAGUUUCAGCUUCACUAGUUGAUGGAAAUUUCUGAGAAAGGAAUUCAUUGUACAAUAUGUUUCAUGUACCAUAGCAGGUGAGCUGACAGGUUCAUAUUUCCUUGUUGCCUUCUUUGCCAUGUAGCGACACUAAUGUUAAACAUCACCUUAGAGGAUAUUAAUCUUUGUAGCAAUUUUAAUGAAGAAAAUAGUCCAUGUGGCUAGAUCUCAUCUUGUUGUGUACAAUUGAGUAUAUUUCAAGCAUCGUCAUGCCUUGAAUCUAGUCUCAAAUUCAAGCAUAGAUAUGAUUCUCUUGUUUAUCUGAUCUUUAUGAUUUUCUUGUGACAUUUAGAUUGUUUUCUAAAAGUGUAUCAAGCUGUCAUUAAUAGGGAAACUCCUGUGCCCAAUCAAACAUCUAGUUCGCUGCCUCAGUGCUAGAAUGUGGAUCUUCUAUCAUUGAGGAAAGAAAUCAUGGGAUUAUCAUGACGGUUAGAGAUGGCGACUCACUUAUCUCUUUGCUUUAAUUUUGUGCAGUUUCCCUCUAUAAGGUUUUAUUUGGGAAAUCAUUGUUGCCUUUAUUUGGGAAUUCAUUGUAGAUUCCCUUGGGUCCUUUGUGAAUUGUGAUGCUGUAAGGAACAAGUAUCAUUGUGAUAACACUUGAGCAUGGUGAAUCUUAGGUUGGUUGUCUAGGCCAGCACCAUCACCUAGGCACCACAUUACAUUUCCAGCUGCUCUAGUCCUAGAUGAGGAGACAAGGAAAUAGAGUCUAAAUGUUCAUGAAGGCUUAAAUUGCAAUCUCAAGGAUCAUGGCCAUUUGGAAAGGUAAGGGUGGGGCUUAAGACACUUUUAGUUGAAUCAUCUCACUUAGAAUAUGUGGUACCUAUGGAACGAUUAGUCCACCAUUGUGUCCUCAUAUUUCAAGGACUCGUUCUCUUAACAGAACACGGAAGCAAAGAUCCUUUUAUUUUUUAGACAACGUGCCUUGAGUUGUAUGGUAGGCACACGUGCGAUGGUGGCGAUAAAGGCUCAUAUGUGCUAAGCAUACGAGGAUGUUUCACUUCAUUUUGUACUAAACAUAAUCAACCACCGUCAAAGACAAUUCUUUGGUUUGUGGUUAGGGUUCAUUUGUUUGUUACACAAUUGCACAUCUUGUUUGUGGAAAGGUCAUGAUGAAGCUUGUUGUGCACCUUCUUUGCCUUCUACCAUAACUCUCUUUUGCACCAUAUGUAAAUUUCUCCAUCUAAGGUCACUAUAUAAGAUCUAAAAUAAGAUAUAAUUUGCAUAACUAAAACAAUAACUAUUUUUCAUGACCUAUACCUUUCUCAUCUUUCUCUUGAUGAUUUGAUUAUCCUCUUUCUCCUCUCUUCUUGGCUAAUCUUGUCAGUCAAAGGCACAAUACUGAUUGGGAAGAACCGCUUGUGUUACAUGAGGAGCUGCAGCUUCUCCAGCGACUCCAAUCAACAAAAUUCUAGGUGGAAAUAUUGCAACUGGGCAACAAGCUUGCCUAUGUCAUUCUCACUAGCAGGGGAAGUUACAUCCUGGAUGAAGUAGAACAGUUAACAAUCCAGUUGAUAAAGGGAAUGAUUGAACAACCUAUAUGAUAUGUUAUGCAAAAGGAUAGUGUAGCCAUUGUCAUGCAAUUAGUUUAGCUGUUUGCUUCUGUGAAAAUUUAUAUGUAUACCGAAAAGCUAUGUGCAAUUGCAUGACAUCUAUUUUUGUUGCUAGCAAGAAAUUUGUUCUUCAAAUUAAAUAGCAAUGCUAUAGAUUGGCAUGCGUCAACAAGAAUUCUAAUUAUUGGAUAGGCAAGAACCUUUGGGAAUUUUCUACCUUACUAAUAAUUUCUCAUUCUCAUUCACUUUUAUACUCUUGUAAGGCAUGUUCAUUAAUUUCUUUCACUUAAUAGUUUCAUUUAAGACCCUCUUUAGUUUGUCAUAUUUGUAUACGUUUCUGUAUUUGUUUAAAUAUACUAUUUCUUAUAAAAUUGGUUCAAAUAAGUCAAUUAUAUAUGUAAGAUAUUUCUAAAAUGAUAAGAAUCAAAUAAUAUAUACUUUUUAUUUAUAUUUGAUAUCUAAAAUUAACGCCACGGGUUAUCGACUUGACUUGAAUGUAUACAAAAGAAAUGGUUGACUCAGAUCUAACAUACAGCAGUCUAUUUACACACUGAAAAACACAAAUUAUCUUCUGCUCUACGAGGUAAUGAUGCUCCAGAUGACAGGUGGUUUGGGACCAUCCUCUGCUCCUCCAAGCACGAGUCUUUAAAUCGCUGACAGUGAAGAACUUAGUAUUCAAUUAAAUGCCCUUUCUUCUCUAGUUUCAUACACCAGGUUACUUUGCAACAAUUGAAGGAAUAGAAUGAAGAAAUCUUUCUUUUGCUCUUCAUGUAAAACUUCAUUGAAUUUGUGAUAUUUGUAAAAUUUUGUGAUAUUUGUAAAACUGAAACAAUUAAAGUUCCAGUUGUCGUAUGUAAGGAAGACUUAGCUGAGAAGUUUAUGGUAUAUGCAUUAUUGUAGGAUUUUCCAUGCUGAUUUUUACAGAAAAAGGCAGGAAUUUGCAUCACUUCAACUGCCCCACAAUAGAGACAGCAAGACUUAUCAUGCACAAUUCUGUUCAAGUCUUUCAAAGCAGAAAAGUUGCAACACUCGAACUGCUCCACAACAGAGAGAAGGCAGAGAACAUGAGAACAUUUCAGUAACAGCACGAUUAGCUGAUGAAUAUUAUGGAUGGGUCGCAGCAACACUCAUCAAUCAGGCAGCAACAGCACAAAGCAGCAAGGCUGCAAGCCAACAAAUAUUAAACAGCAUAGAAGUUUAUUAAGGGGAAAGGAAACAGGAGAAAGGUGGAGAUGCAGACCAUCCUUCAAGAAAGCCAAGCUCUCUUCUUGGUGGUGGAGCAGCAUAUUGUGGUGGAGCCAUCACAGGUGGCCCUUGUCUGUUUACUUCACAUGUCGACCUGCAAGAAGUUUAACUGAAUGAACAAGGAGAGGAAGUUGGAUCAACCAUACCUUGAGCUGGAUAAGGAUAGGAAUACUUUGGGCCAUUCAUGGCAGAGAAGUGGGAGAGGCUUUGAGAGAGCUACAAGAGUGAAAUGAAACACAGGAAGGA